CUUUCUUGUCCUAACCUUAACCAGACUUACAGCGUUACUCCAUUUUUGAAACGUCGCAAGCUAACCUCCGGGGGCGACCGCUGCUAUCCAAUUCAUAUACCAACACAGCCUUUACACACACUACCGCUAACGCCCCACGCUCUACAAGCUCUCUCCUCGCGCAAACCAGCAUUCCCAGACUACGCAAAAUCUAUUAAACAGUAGACAGAUAAUUGCAAUAACUGCAGCGGAGUAGAAAUAGCUCCCCCACAGACACUGAGCGUUACCUCAAAUAAUAGCAGCCAGCGAAGGACAUCAAAGCUGAGUUAUCAACAGCAGCGGUCUUAGAGCCUAAGCAAGAAGACAAGUCCUUAGUAUUAAUCGAAAAACAUGUCUAAUGCAAGUAUCUUUGUAGACUAUCUCUACAAGCCUCUGCUAGAUGUAGAGCAUAAACUUAAGCACAUAUUUAGCGUAGUAAUGCUAGAAGAUAUUAGGAAGGCAUCUUUUAGCCACAAUCGAUAUGCUGCACCAGCUAUAGACAACAAAAUCAGAGAGCUUACAGAGAAGUAUUGUUACAAAUCAAGGCAGAUGGCUAAGGACUGUGCUAGUGAAGGUCAGUGGAAGAGCUGUUUGCUUUCCAGCCUCGUAGAGCCAAUUCAAGAGUUGUAGCCAGAGAUUGUAAAGCUAAGUGCAUCAGAGAAGCGUAGGCCCACCAGUUUUGCUCCAGUGACGUGGCUAAUCAGAUUAUAACAUGGAUCUCUGAGCUUAGGCCGGCCCCUCCCUCCUUUAAAGACAUACUUGGUCUCCCGCCUGCUAUACCUAGUCCUUACAAAACUCAUUUAUCGAUAACUGCACCUCCACCUCCUCCACUACCUAAUCCCGUCCUUCCACAGACGCCGGUUCUUAGCCCACCAUCCAAUGCUCCCAGCGAUUGCACUACUGACGAUCUGAAUCGUGUUUCCAUACCCAAACCAGACAUAGCUAUCAGCCUCUCCUAUACAUCUUUUUUAAAGCUCCAAGGCAAGAUACUAUAGGACCUCCAAGACAAUGGGCGUGUCUUCAGCGAGCCGCACCAGUCAGCAAUUAGCCUACAUUUUCCUUUUCUAGUUGUAGAAGCGAAGGGCCUAGCGGCUGGGUCAAAUAUGAUAGGGGCACAAAACUAAGCUGCUGUUAACGGCGCCUGUGCUCUUAACAUUCUUUGCGGUCUGAAGCUGGCCGCAGCUACUUCUACGCAUCAAGCUCUCAGAAGCCAAACCAAAUUGAGGGAAAUCCUCUUUUUAGUUGUGACAGAAGGCCCUAUUCAC